AUGGGUGGUGUUGCCUCAAAGCCAGGCAAUGACCCUGAUUAUACCCUUCAGGUCAUAGGCGCCGGCUUCUCCAGAACUGGCACCGUGACCAUGGCCUUGGCUCUGGAGAAACUCCUCGAUGGCCCAGUAUGUCACGGCGGCACGCAAAUGCACAUGUUAGAGGAGAAAUACCCACGUCAAUGGGUGGAAAUUUACCGUGCCCGCCACGAACGCCCAAAACUCCUCGCGAAGCUACGAGAUGCCACUCGUGGCUUCGUGGGCAUCACCGACAUGCCUGGCGUGCACUUCAUCGAAGAAUUGUGCGAGAUCUACCCGGAAGCCAAGGUCAUUUGUGUACGACGGGACUCAAAGCGUUGGCUUCAGAGCGCACAACAUAUGAGCGACAAGAUGACGGCAUGGUAUAUGCCAGCGCUUAUGUGGCCGAUGCCUGCGGCUCGCUGGUUUGCAAUAUGGCUCGAUCUAGCCGUAGCGAGGACUGGAGAAAUGGGAUUGCUGCCUUUUGAUGAGGACUACCUCCGUCGUUACAACGAACAUGUUGAACGCGUUGUUCCUCCUGAAAGGCUCUUCUGGAUGGAGAUGAGCGAGGGAUGGGCGCCGUUGUGUAAGAUGCUUGACAAGCCUAUCCCGGAGGAGCCAUUUCCUAAAGCCAAUGACUCGGAAGCAGCGGAUGAGUUGAUCGAGCUGAAAAUCAAGGCCGCUUGCCUUGUGUGGACAGGAUGCGACAGUGGCAAUGUCAGCUUUCGUAUCUCGUUUGUCUGUGACGCGGAGGUCAAGGAUUACCUUGCUCGGCCGCAAGGCGUACUGGACUAA